AAGCAUCACCUCAGAAACCAAAAACACGAAGCCACCAGCAAAAACAGCCAGCUUUAGUUUCUUCUCCAUUUCGUCUCUCUCAAAUUCUCUUUCAAACCCUUCUCUGUAACCCUCAUUCACCUCCCUCUCCCGCAACCGCAACCGCAACAUGGCUCCUGAGCUUGUCCAGGCUGCUUUGAAACCAGCUGGGUUCACCAAACCUGCUAGCUUACCUAGCCGGGCUUAUGUAACAUUCUUGGCUGGUAAUGGAGAUUACGUCAAAGGUGUUGUUGGGUUAGCCAAAGGAUUAAGGAAAGUCAAAACGGCAUACCCAUUAAUCGUUGCAGUUUUGCCUGACGUGCCAGAGGAACACAGGCGGAUUUUAGAGUCGCAGGGUUGCAUAGUCCGGGAAAUUGAACCCGUUUAUCCACCAGAGAAUCAGACCCAGUUUGCCAUGGCUUAUUAUGUCAUCAACUACUCCAAGCUCCGUAUUUGGGAGUUUGUGGAAUACAGCAAGAUGAUAUACUUGGAUGGAGAUAUCCAGGUUUAUGACAACAUAGACCACUUAUUUGAUCUGCCUGAUGGUCAUUUCUAUGCGGUGAUGGAUUGUUUCUGUGAGAAAACAUGGAGCCACACUCCACAGUACAAGAUUGGCUAUUGCCAGCAAUGCCCUGACAAGGUUAACUGGCCUGCUGAGAUGGGUCAACCACCAUCUCUUUACUUCAAUGCUGGUAUGUUUGUAUUUGAACCUAGUAUCUCGACCUAUCAUGACCUCUUGAAGACUCUCAAGGUCACUCCGCCUACGCCAUUCGCAGAGCAGGACUUCUUGAACAUGUACUUCAAGGAUAUUUACAAGCCAAUUCCUCUAGUAUACAAUCUUGUUCUUGCCAUGUUAUGGCGUCACCCAGACAACGUGGAGCUAGACAAGGUCAAAGUUGUUCACUACUGUGCAGCGGGCUCAAAGCCAUGGAGAUACACUGGCAAAGAAGAGAACAUGCAAAGGGAGGACAUAAAGAUGCUGGUGGAGAAAUGGUGGGGCAUUUACAAUGAUGAAUCGCUGGAUUACAUGAAAUUUGUGGCGGAUGGUAUUGAUGCUGAGCCAGUGAACUUGCAGUCUUUCAUUGCAGCUCUCUAUGAAGCCGGUGCUGUUCAGUACGUCACUGCCCCAUCCGCUGCUUAGAGAUGGAAGAGAGAGAGAGAGAGAGAGCAGAGCAGAGCAACAACCUAUAGAUUUAGAAAUGAUCAGGGUGAAAGAGAAAUGUCGGAAUCCUUUUACUCUUGAAAUUGGGGGCGGUGAUUUCUUGUCUAGAAAGGGAAUAAACUUAAUUUUGAUCGAUGGCGGUCCUUAAUUAUCUUUUUCUUGGUAGUUAAAUCUGUUGAUAAUAUGUGAUGAGCGUUGUAUCAUGGGUGCAUGCACAGAGGUGCGCCAUUGUAAGCUACUGGAGCAAUGGUGAAAUGAAAAAUGUGCGUGUGAUUAAUUAA